ACGUGGUUCGCAACUUCCGGUUUGUUCAUUGUAAACGCGUCGGGAACGGUCUGUAACGUUGAUUCUGAUAAAGAAGUUGAUUUUCAUUCUAAUCUAAUAUUCAGUCGAUUUGACUGCUCUGAGACUUUUUGUGGAAGUAAUGGGUAAUUUUAUAGUUUUUCUUCGUGUGUUUUUUGACGCGUAAAUAUCGAUUCUAAAUAGAACAAAGGAUUUGAGACACACAUUCUUAGGAACACAUCCAAGAUGGCUGCCGGCUUAUCGAAAUGCGUCAAUUAACAUAUUUUCUCUCUCUUCAAAUUAGAUAACACCCAGAUGGCGGAAGAAGAAGUCAAACCGAGCGCUAUCGUCGAGAACUGCAAUGGUGACACCGAUAUGAAAUCUGUAGAAAGUAAACAAAGGUAAUAAAUAAUUUUUUGAAUUCUUGCAAUGUUUACUUUUUUCUACAGAAAGUCAAUAAUUAUUAGAAUGCAAUGUAUUAAACAGAAUUACUUAUAUUUUUAGUAGGCUAACAUAAGUUUUGUAUGUAGAAUAAAAAAUAAUACCGGAAAGGCAUUAAAUAUUCUUAUGGACAACAAUUAAGUUAAAGUUUUAAAGUUACACUAUUAGAUUUAUAAUUAUGCAGUGUUUACUGUUCUCAAUAGGUUUGUGCCUACUAUAAUAAGUAAUGCAUUAAAAUUACAUUAACUUCUCUUGUUAAACAUUGUGAGAUUUGUUGACAUUAUUUUAAUGCUAUAUUUUAUUAAUCCAAUGACGAAGCAAGUCAAGAAAGCUAUUUAAAAGAGACUUUAUUGAUUAAAUGUGUGAUGUUGUUUUUCGUGCAGCGUUAAUUUUCUCUUAAAAGCCAUAUUUUUCUAAUGCGUUAAACUCCUUUGACAAACAGUCUAAACGAUGCAAGCAUGAAGCGGAAACUGUCGAUCGAUGAACCUGAGAUCGCAAAACGCCCAAAACAGGAAACCGAUAAGGAAAAUGUGCCAGAUGUAGUAUUAGUGUCAGAUGAUGAAAAUGGCGGUGGUGUUGACGAGCUAUUAAAUAAAAAGAGGAAAUUGCAAGAGCAGCUUCGAAAUCACGAAGCAACGCUGGUUCUAUUAAAGAAAAUAAGAAGUUCCCAAAUGACUCCACAAUUAACUCAAAAUAACGAUCGCAAAAAUUCAUCUUCUCACGCAACUCCAACUCCACCAAGUGUUGUCAACAACAAUAAUAAUAACAGCAACAGCAAAGAUAUUAUUAAACAAAGUAGAACUCCUACUCCAGUUCAACGUACUCAAAAGUCAGUUGUUACAGAUCAAAAUCGAGCAGCCGCUAAAUUAGCUUUAAGAAAAGAAUUAGAAAAAACGCUAUUACAAAUACCCCCUCCUAAACCACCCCCUCCAGAAAUGAAUUUCUUACCAUCUCUUUGUAGUACGGAUUUUGGAAUGCUAUUAGGUUUGGAGGAAGUUGUCAAAGCUAUAAGAGAAUCCUCAAGCGAAAAGCCCGACGUUAAAUAUGUAUUCAAUCCUUUCACUUGUAUACAGUGUAGUACAGAUUAUACACCAGUCUGGAAAAGGGACAAACCCGGAUCAAAAUCUGUUAUAUGCGAGCAGUGUGUAACAAAUAAUCAGAAGAAAGCUCUUAAGCAGGAGCAUACAAAUCGUUUGAAAACCGCUUUUGUAAAAGCUCUUCAACGAGAACAAGAAAUAGAACAGAAAUUAGCUCAAGGUAUUGUAAAAGAUACACCUAUCGCCGCAACACCUGCACCUUCAACUCCUACUCCGACGAAUACGCAUGCUAGUACGCAUUCGCAUUCACAUACGAAGACUUCGUCAUCGUCGUCUAGUUCAGAGAGACCUCAAAGCUCUAGGGAAAAACCGUCUUUAAGCAUACCUCCGGUUUCAUCAGUAUCCGCUCACACGGCUGCUGUCCAAGCACAAGUUCAAGCUGCUCUCAGCUUCCAAUCAAUGCAACAACAAGCUGUGGCUGCAUUAGCAAAUUAUAAGCUAACUCCUGAGCAAAUUCGUCAACAACAAACGUUACUGAUACAAACUCAGCAAGCUCAGCUUCGACUUCUACAGCAACACCAACAGAGUUUAUUUCAAAAUUCUUCUAGGAGUUUAGCAACUAUGGGUUCUUCCUACUCUCCACAACAGUUAGCCAAAAUGGCUGAUAUACAAAGGCAGUUUUUUAUGGAUAUGAUGCCGGGCUUAACUAGCAGCUCUUCGAGACAUUCAAAUUUGUGGAAAAGUUAA